CUUCUGGCAGGGGGCCCCAUGCGUGGUGUCAUGGAGGCUCAGUCCGCGAGCGGCCAUUGAAGGGAGCGGAGCUGCGCGUUCGGCAGAAACAGCAGCAGGAGGCGAAGAAGGGCCACGUUCCCUCGCCGAUUCGCUGGGGGCCAUUUUUUUAGAAACUCCUCUUAUUAUUUCCAGCCAGAAAAGAGCGCUCUUGGUUGAUAUAAUCCGUGUUGUUUAUUCCUCUCCGUCCUCCCUCAUUCCUCUGAAGGGGAAAAGGAAGAGAGCGCGCGAUGGAGAUGAAGAAGCGCAUCAAUCUGGAGUUGAGGAACCGCGCGCCGGAGAAGGUCACUGAGUUAGUCCUGGACAACUGUCGGUCUAGCAAUGGCGAAAUCGAAGGCCUGAGCGACACAUUUAAAGAGCUAGAGUUCCUCAGCAUGGCCAACGUUGAGCUGACAUCACUGGCCAAACUCCCCGCUUUGAAUAAACUUCGGAAGCUGGAACUGAGUGAUAACCUCAUCUCUGGAGGCCUGGAGGUCCUGGCAGAACGGUGUCCGAAUCUUACGUACCUAAACCUGAGUGGCAACAAAAUCAAGGACCUCAGCACUGUGGAGUCUCUUCAAAAUCUGAAGAAUUUGAAGAGUCUUGAUUUGUUUAACUGCGAAAUCACAAAACCAAAAGAUUACAGAGAAAGUGUGUUUGAGUUGCUUCAGCAAAUAACAUACCUCGACGGGUUUGAUCAAGAUGAUAAUGAGGCCCCUGACUCAGAAGAUGAAGAUGAUGAAGAUGGGGACGAAGAUGAAGACGAGGAAGACGAAGACAAAGCUGGUCCUCCCGGAGAAUACGAGGAGAACGAUGAGGAAGAUGACGACGCUUCGGACUUGGGAGAAGUUGAAGGCGAAGAGGAGGAGGAGGAAGUGGGUCUCUCGUAUUUGAUGAAAGAAGAGAUUCAGGAUGAAGAGGAUGAUGAUGAUUAUGUAGAGGAGAGGGAGAAUGAAGAAGAGGAAGCCGAAGCUCUCCGAGGUGAGAAGAGAAAACGUGCCGCUGAAGACGAAGGCGAUGAGGAUGACGAUUAAGCUGUAGGACAGAGAAAUUAGGACCAGAUUUCAAAUUUGUUGCAGGAUAUGCAAUAGUGAUAUGCAGCCUUGUAUGUCUCCAUGUAUCAUAGGUUUCCCUGCAGAAAACAUUUAAUGUGUUAACUUUUUAUAGGAAGUGUGUUUUGACUCUUUUUUGGCCCUUUUUAUCAUUCCAACUAAGCAGUAAUCGCCCGUUCUCGAUCAUGUGCAGGUAACACUGUUUCCAUCUCUUUUAACCGUUCAACCAGUUGUCUCCCUGGCCUUCUUUUUCUUGCUGCCCCGAGGUUGGAUUCUUUUAUUUUUCCUUACUGGGUUUUCCACGUGAGCAUGCUGUUAGUUCUAGCCACAGUUAGGCAGAUCAGUUUUAAUUUAAAACUUCAAAAGGUAGGACACUACAAAUCAAAUAUAUCACAGUGGGAUAACAAGCUUUUUGGGAGAAAAGCUGGUCAUGGGAGGUGGAACAGGAGCUGUGUGAAAUUAAUAUUACCUUUCCAGCUCAUUUUAAAAGAAUUUCUGUGGAAGACACAUGAAUUUCUUGGCACCUCCCUAGUGAUAUUUUAUUCAAAUGUUUUAAGCAAUGCGUUAGAUCAGCUCCCAGUUUGAGUUUCACUUUUUUCCAAAACAUCUUGAGACAAAAAAAAAUGCCCUUUAGAGGUAACGUACCUAUAGUUCAUUGACCAUUAUACACUAUUGAUUCCCUUUCUGACCAUUAUAUUCCUCAGGAUUAAACAGAGAGCCCAUUAUUUGAGAUGUCUACCUCCUGCUUUAAUUUUAAGAACAGAGAACAUUUUAUCAAAAAAGACUCCUUUAAUCAUGUUAGAAUAGUUAAGAAGGGGGCUUUCCUUCUAGAUCAACUUUUUGAAGCAAGAGUUGGUAGGUUAGUGCUGAAAUUUCUUUUUGGUGGUUCUCCGACCGACUGAACUUUGGAUUUGGGUGGGGCUCAAAGUUAUAUUCAUUCUCCAAAAAAAAAGGGGGGGGCUGUGGAAAAUUGAGGGGGCAGUUGGCAGUUUGCUGGAGGACUGUUAAAAGGAAACUUAAUCAGCAAGGCUUCUCAGUUGACUUCGGGAGGACUUUAGAUAAACAUGUUCAUGCCACGCAUCCAUUGAGUCAAGAGAAAUCUGUUUCUCUUGAAAGCAUAAAAGGGGUGACAACCUGGUUGCUGUUCAUCUUGCUUUCCAUUUGGCAGGUUGCUUUUUAAAAACUAACAGAGACCCAGCGCUCUUUUUUUGGUUCUGGCUUAGGACAGACUUAACUUGUAUUGUUAAAUAAAUAUUUUAACUCAAAUAAUGCGCAGGUGUAUUCAAGAGAAACUAUUUUUUUAUUAUCCUGUCCUGCCUGGGAGAAGCUGUUGUCCCUAAUUUCAGGGUGAAAAUAAAAAGGGGUAUUUUUGCAUAGCGGGAGUUGGCCUGUACUGUGUUUGCUUGUGAAUAUAAAUAAAGAUGCUACAUGCCGCUGGCAACUCUUUAUAAAUUACAUUAGGCUCCUGAUUUAGCUUUGGUGGUAUGGCGUUUGAGAAGAGCAGCAAACAAAUCUGGUAUGGUUUUUCCCCCUUGGAUUUCUCAUUCGUGGCACAACGAAUAUCAAAGACAUUUGAACGGAAGGGAAUGCAGGAAGUCAUUUAGUAGAAAUUCUGGGUAUUUUUGGAGAAUCAUGAGCAAAGCUUUAUCCCAAUACUGUUGCUACAUUUGUGUACGGAGGAUGAUUUAAAAAAACUUUUUUAAAAGUUCUAGAGGUUCUGUGUUUAAAGCCACUGGCUUUAGCAUUAAUCCAGGUUUCUUGAGGUGGUAUCUUUUUUUCUUCCCUCUUAUGCUUUUAUGUUCAAUUUAGGUUUUAGAAAAUAAUGAAAAGUAUCUUUGAAAGUAAAUGAAAAGUACUCAAAAGUGGUAACUUGCUUGCAAUAUACUUCUAUUGUGGCCACCGUCCUAUUGUUUAGAUUGUAAACAAGGAGUUGAUUUUCCCCCUCAAAUAAAAGGGUCUUUGCUCCAAUUGUAUCCUUUUGCUGGAAGUUGGAAGAGAGGCAUCUUUGAAUUGGGUUUCAAAAUACUGAUACCAAGUUUUUUAAAAAGCGCUGAUGGUUUGAAAUGAUGGCAAAUAUUUUGCAUUCAGUCACUUUCAAAUCUUGACAGCUUUAGCAGAGCGAAACCAAACCAAGCUUAUCCAUGGCACACCUAUAAAUAGGUUUACAGCUUCUCUCUAGAGAUUUUUGUCUCCUAAAGGUAAUACAACCAGCUAAAUACAUUGCCACAGUUUUUGAGAUUUGUGUAGUCCAAAUAUUAGAGUGUUGUUGCUUUUUGUUUGUUUGCUUGUUUUUUUGUUUUAGGACAGCAAAGAGUUAACACAGAGCCUCUGGAUAACUUUUGAUAUUUUGGGGGAUUUCUUUUUUUCCUUUUUUUCCUGGUUUGGUGGGUUCUUUAAUGAAAAUACGUCAGGGUGGGUUUUAUAUUUUGUAGAGAUUUUGUCCUAUUCGAAUGCUCUUUAUAUGGCAGUAUGUAUAUAGUGUGUUCAAUUUCCUUUUCAAAUUCUAAGAAGAAAAAGACACCAACUUGGAAGAGUUUCUUUUUUUUGUGCGCAACUGUGUUUUAAAAAAAUAAAAGCCAUGACAGUGUUAAAUAAAUAACAGGUUCCUACAGCACACUUCUGAUGGAUUUUUAGUUGUUAACAGAAUGUGAGUGUUUUUUUCCCCUGUGUGGUGUAAAUUUUAAAUUAAAAGAUUUUCAAUCUAAA